CCGUACAGCGUCUUACUGUGAGGCGACAACGCUACCGCAGCACCAGAAAUAUUAGAAUUCUCGCGUUGUUUGCUAGAAUGAUGGCUUCCCAUGUGUGUAGAACUUUAUGCGGGCGAGCAUUAAUUAAGUUACAAAUUGUUGAAAAUUAUUUUUUAAGAUGUGUGACGCCACUGUACACGGUUCACAGGCAGAAGUCUUCAGUUCAGUUCUUGGAAAGGCCUGAACUUCCAAAACUUGCAUAUCAGCGAUUGAAAGGCAAAAAUCCUGGAGUUGUAUUCUUGCCAGGCUUUGCAUCAGAUAUGAAUUCCGAAAAAGCAGUAGCACUCGAAGAUUUCUGUAAAUCAUUGGGACAUUCAUUUGUAAGGUUUGACUAUACAGGCCGUGGUAUGUCCGAAGGUGUCUUUGAGGAAUGCACAGUUGGAAAGUGGAAAAAAGAUGUUUUGUCAGUACUAGAUGACCUUACUGAUGGACCACAGAUUCUUGUGGGCUCCAGCUUUGGUGGAUGGCUGAUGUUCCUUGCUGCACUGGCUCGACCAGAAAAAAUUGCAGCUCUUGUGGGGGUAGCUGCAGCUGUUGACCACGUUGUAUCAACUUUUAAACAGCUUCCUGUUGAGGUUAAAAAAGAAAUUGAAGAGAAAGGGGAAUGGAAGAUAACAAUGAAGCAUAACAAAGAAAGUGUGUAUACAGUCCCAUAUCAUGCCGUCAAAGAGGCAGAAAACCACUGCAUUCUUUCUAGCCCUGUUCCAGUUACAUGUCCUAUUAGACUAAUCCAUGGGAUGAAAGAUGAAGAUGUGCCGUGGCAUGUGUCUUUACAGGUGGCUGACUGUGUCCUCAGCACAGAUGUAGAUGUCAUCUUGCGAAAACAUGGGCAGCAUCGACUGACAGAGAAAGAAGACAUCAAGUUGCUGACAUACACUGUUGAUGAUUUGAUUGAUAAACUUACAACACUUGGAUAACUGAAGAUAUGGAAGGAAGAUGUACAUUUCUUGUGUAUGUUAAGCUUGCCCCACUGAAGCUACCAGUGUAAAUUAAGGAGUCUGUGUGCCUAAGAAAUAGGGAUUUCCCUUUCUAAUAUUGCCAUGCAAUAAUUUUUGCAAGUAUUUUUUUCAUUUUGUAUUUUGCACAAAUAUAAUGUGAUGAUCACACUGCUGCUUUUGGGGAGGAGAUGGACCUCUGUAUCAAAGAAACUUGUUUAUAGUACAUUUUUCUGGCUUGGUAAAUGUUCAUUUUUUUUUUUAAACAAGGAAAAUGCUUCCUUGUUUGUGCCUAUACUGUACCCCUUUUUUUGUAAUCUUGUAUUUUUUCUACCUCUGUAAUAAAUAUGCCAUUAAAUAUUUUAAAAUUGUUA